AAUGGAGAAGAAACAGGGCUUUAUAUCUGCGUUGCCUCAGAGGAUAUUGUCUUUGCACACUACACAUACUCCGAGUUUUCUUGGAUUGCAACAGAACAUUGGCUUGUGGAGGGAUGCUAAUUAUGGAAAAGGUGUGAUCAUUGGAGUCUUGGACACCGGGAUUGCCCCUGACCAUCCUUCAUUUAGCGACAAAGGAAUGCCUCCUCCGCCUGCUAAAUGGAAGGGCAAGUGUGAAUCAAAUUUCACUAAAAAGUGUAACAACAAGCUCAUUGGUGCGAGGACUUUCCCAUUAGGCAGUGAUUCACCGAUAGAUGAUUUUGGACAUGGUACACACACCGCCAGCACAGCUGCUGGUGGUUUUGUGAAAGGUGCCAAUGUGAAUGGUUAUGCUAAAGGCACUGCUGUUGGGAUUGCCCCGCUUGCUCACCUGGCCAUGUAUAAGGUCUGUCAACCAUUUGGUUGCGCUGACAGUGACAUUCUAGCUGCCAUGGAUGCAGCUAUUGAUGAUGGAGUAGAUAUCCUAUCUAUUUCCCUUGGUGGAAGUAGCAGGUUAUUCUAUGAAGACCCCAUAGCACUCGGGGCGUACAGUGCAGCACAAAGAGGUAUUCUAGUAAGUUGCUCUGCCGCUAAUAAUGGUCCAUAUGAAAGCACCUUAUCAAACGAUGCUCCGUGGAUUAUGACAGUAGGUGCAAGCACUCUUGACAGGAAACUCAAGGCCACUGUUACACUCGGAAACCAAAAAGUAUUCGAGGGUGAAUCAGCAUUUCAUCCAAAUGAUCAUAAUUCAGCAUUUUCCCCUUUGUUUGAUCCUUCACUGAAUGCAACUGACUUUGACAGCCCUUAUUGCGGAACUGGUACUCUGAAUGACCCUGAAAUUAAAGGCAAAAUUGUUAUGUGCAUGGUAGGGGGUGGUUAUUCCAUGACUCAAAAAGGACAAGCCGUAAAAGAUGCAGGAGGUGUUGGUAUGAUUGUCGUUAGUACAGCUGAUUAUGGUUUCACUAUGUUUGCCGAAGCUCAUGUCCUUCCAGCUCUGUAUAUUACCUACAAAGACGGAAUGGAAAUUCUUGACUACAUGAACACAACAUCAAAACCAACAGCAAAAAUUUUGUUCCAAGGAACAAUAAUCGGAGAUAAAGAUGCUCCAGUGGUUGCUGCAUUUUCUUCUCGCGGACCAAGCAUACCUAGUCCUGGAAUCUUGAAACCGGAUAUUAUUGGUCCCGGUGUCAACAUUAUUGCUGCUUGGCCUACCUCCGUUGAAAACAAAACAAACACAAAGUCUACCUUCAACAUUAUAUCGGGCACCUCCAUGUCUUGUCCUCACCUCAGCGGAGUAGCUGCAUUGCUGAAAAGCAAACACCCCACUUGGUCCCCUUCAGCUAUCAAAUCAGCAAUUAUGACAACCGCUUACACAAUGAACUUCGCCAACGAUCCCAUCUUAGACGAAAGGCUCCUUCCGGCUAACAUCUUCGCUAUUGGUGCAGGACAUGUCAAUCCAUCAAGAGCUAAUGAUCCAGGACUAAUCUACGACACCCAAUUUAAGGACUACCUGCCUUACCUGUGUGGUUUGAAUUACUCAAAUCGACAGGUGGGCAACCUCCUUCAACGCAAAGUGGAUUGUAGGGAAGUGAAAAGCAUUCCUGAAGCACAACUAAAUUAUCCUUCAUUCUCCAUCACAUUCGGAGAAGUUUCUCAGACAUAUACAAGAACUGUGACUAACGUCGGGGAAGCUAAGUCAUCUUACAGUGUGGAAGUAGCUUCACCACCCGGAGUUUCCGUGACUGUCAAGCCUUCUACUCUGAAAUUCUCCAAGUUGAACCAGAAGUUGAAAUACCAAGUGACGUUUACGAAAAGAGUCAACAGAACAAACGGCGGUGCUAUUCAAGGAUUCUUGAAAUGGACUAGUAAGAAGCACUCUGUAAGAAGCCCAAUUGCUGUUAUGCUAGAGUCUACAAUUGGUUUCUAGUUUUAUGUUUCUGUAUUCUGAUUUUAGUAAUUGAAACAAUGUAUUAUGUUAGUGGUUCCAAUAGAUGUUGUUGAAUAAUAAGUGACAAAG